AAGCUGAGCUCUAACUGAAAUGUUAAAAGGUAGCUUAUGGUCAACCUAACACUGGUCCAGCUAUUAUGCAACCAACACAGGAACCUCCGACAUAUUCCAGAAGUGGUCAACAAACUCAAGCAGUUCCAAAAACAACUUUAGACACAACCGAAUUACAGAGACGACAAGAGGAACUUGAAAGAAAAGAACAAGAGUUGGCUCGUAGAGAAGAAGAAAUUAGAAAUUCUGCAUUCAAUGUGAGACGUAACAACUGGCCCCCCCUACCAGAACAGUGUUGUUUUCAGCCUUGUUUUUAUCAAGACAUACAAGUGGACAUACCUCUAGAGUUUCAAAAAAUUGUUCGUCAGUUAUACUACUUAUGGAUCU